CUGCCUGGGGCUCAAGGGCAUUCUUGGGGCAAAGAGUGGAGCAGUUGUUGGGUGCGGCGCACCUGAGAUGCGAGAUCCUUGGCACGCGGGGCCACCAAGGGAGCGGGAACUCAGGAGUGGGCAAGAGUGGAAACUGACAGCAAGAGGGGACCUGACUGGCCACGGCUUGAGAAUGGGCGGAGGGGCGGAAACUACGAGUGAGUGCAGAAACGGAGUGCCACGCGUCGUGGCGGCUGGACCGGCGAGGGCGCGCGAAGGCUAGAGCUGCGUGUCUGGGCAGCGCUUGUGCUGCGGGCGCGUCACAGGAAUGGAGAGUCCAGAAAGCUGGGUAGGAGGGUGGACUGGGGAGGCGGCGGGACUGCGGCGCCCAGGGCAGGAGCCCGGGCCCGCUGAGAAGGUGCCUUCUCUGGGGGCCGUCGGCAACGCCGACUCGGUAGCGCUCGCCCCGCCACCUCAGAGCCUCCGGGGCCUCGUGGUCAUUGCCGGAGGGCGGCCCUCCUCUCCCCUGCAGCCCAGAGCGAGCGCGGGAGGCGGAUCCCGGGCGUGCGGGAGGACGGUGUCUGCGCACGGGGCAUGAACCUGGAGGGCAGCGGCCGCGGCGGGGACUUCGGCAUGAGCGCCGUGAGCUGCGGCAACGGGAAGCUGCGCCAGUGGCUGAUCGACCAGAUCGACAGCGGCAAGUACCCGGGGCUGGUGUGGGAGAACGAGGAGAAGAGCAUCUUCCGCAUCCCCUGGAAUGUGCUUUCAGACUCAGCCCUACCACCUGUGGGCAGAGCAGAGGGGACUUCCUCAGGGAACUUGCCUCAGAGCAUCUCAGAUCGAAUGAUGGCCAGAGGUGCUCUGUGGGCGGCCCCUCGCCCCACAGCUCUGCCCCUACUUCCAACCUAUCCCGCUUCAGACGCUGGGUGGGCGGGGCCCUUUCCAGGGGUCCUGCAGCCUCACGCACCUUUCACAAAAACCUGGCAUCUUUCUGUUCCACAGUUCUGGCAACCCUGUGAAUCUGAAGCCCUAACACUGUUCUUUCCUUUAGAAAUACAGUUCACAGAUUCUUUUCUGAAAGAUCUACAUUUUACCCUCCCCCCUCUUCCUUCCACCCAGGCUUGGGCACUAUUCAAAGGAAAGUUUCGAGAAGGCAUCGACAAGCCAGACCCUCCUACCUGGAAGACACGUUUGCGAUGUGCUCUGAACAAGAGCAACGACUUCGAGGAGCUGGUGGAGCGGAGCCAGCUGGACAUCUCGGACCCCUACAAAGUGUACAGGAUCGUCCCCGAGGGCGCCAAGAAAGGAGCAAAGCAGCUGGCCCUGGAGGACCCACAGCUGCCCAUGAGCCACCCCUACAGCGUGACAGCACCUUACACCCCACUCCCGGCUCAGGUUCACAACUACAUGAUCCCGCCCCACGACCGAGGCUGGAGGGAGUUCGUCCCUGAUCAGCCGCACCCAGAGAUCCCGUACCAGUGUCCUGUGGCCUUUGGACCCCGCAGCCACCACUGGCAAGGCCCAUCCUGUGAAAAUGGUUGCCAGGUGACAGGAACCUUCUAUGCUUGUGCCCCGCCUGAGUCCCAGGCCCCCGGGAUCCCCAUAGAGCCAAGCAUAAGGUCUGCUGAAGCCUUGGCGCUCUCAGACUGCCGGCUCCACAUCUGCCUCUACUACCGGGAGGUCCUGGUGAAGGAGCUGACCACGUCCAGCCCUGAGGGCUGCCGGAUCUCCCAUGGGCACACCUACGAUGCCAGCAGCCUGGACCAGGUCGUCUUCCCCUUCCCGGAGGACAGCGGCCAUCGGAAGAACAUCGAGAAGCUGCUGGGCCACCUGGAAAGGGGUGUGGUCCUCUGGGUGGCCCCCGACGGGCUUUACGCCAAGAGACUGUGCCAGAGCAGGGUCUACUGGGACGGGCCCCUGGCGCUGUGCAGCGACCGGCCCAACAAGCUGGAGAGAGACCAGACCUGCAAGCUCUUCGACACUCAGCAGUUCUUGUCAGAGCUCCAAGCGUUCGCCCACCACGGCCGGCCUCUGCCGAGGUUCCAGGUGACUCUGUGCUUCGGGGAAGAGUUUCCAGACCCUCAGAGGCAACGGAAGCUCAUUACAGCUCACGUUGAACCUCUCCUCGCCAGGCAGCUGUAUUACUUCGCUCAGCAGAACAGCGGGCACCUCCUGAGGGGCUACGACUUACCUGAGCACGUGGGCAGCCCGGAGGAUUACCACAGGUCCAUCCGCCACUCCUCCAUCCAAGAGUGAGGACCGUCAGGCCAGACACUGUGCUGUAAAUACCUGUCCUAGGACAGCUGAUGGGACCCCCACCUUUCUUUCGGGGAACCCGGGGCUUCAGUUCAACACUUGAGGGGAACGUGUGGAGAGCUGCCCCAUGUGACUGACAGACGAAAGGGAGCACCACACCCAGCACCGUCUGCAGACCCCGCGCUGACGAGAAUGUGAAAAGCACAAAAAUCAGUUUAUGUUUACCAAAGUGCCGUCUUCAGUUUGAUGUGGACUCUCUCUUGCCUGAAGCCUGAGAAAACCUUUACCAGUGCUGACCACGAGGAAGGGUCCGAGAGCCGCGCUGUAUCUCAGGGAAGUAAAACCCAAGUUUCCGCCCCAAGAGAAAUGGACCGAUACCUGGAAACAGACUCUGCCUGAGGGCAUCACUCCCGCCGCCGCC